AUGAGCCACAUCGGCCCAGCCAUAGAAUGCUCCCCAUCGGCGAUUCCCACACCAGCGGUCUUCGGUGCCGAAAUCCUCUCCCUCGAGGCAUCUUGGGUCAGGAACUUUACUCUCGACGUGCCUGGUAAUUUCAACUACAACCACGGUGCUCAGUCGGUGCAGAAUGUGGAUUUCUGCAAUGUGACGGUGACCUACAGCCAUCCAGGCUACGACGACCGAAUUACGGUCGAAACCUGGCUGCCACGCCACUGGAACCAACGCCUGCAAGCCACCGGUGGAGGGGGAUGGCGUGCGGGUCGCUUCGUCCUGUCCCAGUUUUUCAUGGGAGGUGCCAUUGGAGAGGGAUACGCGACGACAACCACUGAUGCCGGCCUCGGGGAUACAAUGCCAGACGCAUGGGCUCUGAAGAGCACUGGGAAUGUCAACCUCGAAUACCUGCAUAAUCUGGGCUAUAGAUCCCUCAACGACGAAGCGAUCAUCGCCAAGGACCUGGUGCGCAGCUUCUACGGCAUCCCGCCGGCGUAUUCUUACUGGAGUGGCUGUUCGCAGGGCGGACGCCAGGGUCUCAUGCUUGCGCAGCGGUACCCGCACGCCUAUGAUGGUAUUGUGGCCUCUGCACCGGCGCAGUCGUGGCCCGAGUUUGUGACUGCGGUUUACUAUCCGCUCCUGGCGCCGCUGUGGGCCGGGGAGCCGUCUCCCCUCAGCUGUGAACUGGAAUUCCUGACUGCGGAGGCUGUGAAGCACUGUGAUUCCCAGGACGGGAUUGUUGAUGGGAUCAUUUCGGACCCGAACAACUGUGACUUUGACCCGUUCAGCGCUGUGAAUAAGACUUUUUCCUGCACCGCUACUGGAAAGCCCAUGAGACUGACCAGAGCGGCAGCGAUCACUGCAAAAGCGGCUUGGACAGGUCCUAGGACUGUUGCCGGUGACUUCUUGUGGUACGGCGUGAACCCGGGGUCAGACAUCACUGGUUUGGGAGUCGCGCCAGGCCAGAACCUCACAACUAGCCCUGACGAGUGGCUCAGCUUGUUUCUGGUCAAGAACCAAAGCUUCGACGCCACCCAACUGAGUCAUGAGGAAUAUGGCACGCUCUUCCACUUCUCCGUCAAGGAAUACACCGAUGUCAUGGCCGCCAAUGACCCCGAUCUGACCGCGUUCAAGAAAGCCGGAGGGAAGCUCCUCACAUACCAUGGCAUGGCCGAUGAAAGCAUUCCAACGAAGGGUACAGAGCAUUAUUAUCGCGCAGUCAGCCAGUUGAUUCCAGACGUACAAGACUUCUACCGGUACUUUGAGUCUCCGGGUCUGGCCCAUUGUGCUGGCGGCAGGGGAGGACAGCCAACAACUGCGUUUGAUGCGUUGAGGAAAUGGGUGGAGAACGGUACUGCACCCGAGUUUCUCCCAGUGCGCGUCAAUGGGACGGAUGGAGAGCACAACCGGAUUCUGUGUCCCUAUCCGGCCAAACCGAUCCAGCAAGGUGGAAACGCCUCUGGCGUUGGAAGUUUCCGCUGUGUCCAUUGA